GCUUUAUGGUUAUUUGGAGCUUUUUGCCCUCGUGAAUGGCUCAAAAACUUUACCUUCAAUACAGUGGAGCUUUCAAAAUCCGCGGUGAGUAAAUGUUUUUAAAAUUAGAACUUUCCGUUAGCAUAAACCACAUGUUUAACUCUGUAAUAUAUACAGCAUCCGUUUUUACGACUAAUUUUCUCUUUCAUUAAAGCCUUGCGUGUUUAAUCGACUUCGAAUAUAGCAGAAUGAAAGUGAAACACCAUUAGGCAAUGUGUUAUGUGCUUUGUUCCGAAGAAGGGAUGACAAACUACUCCUUUAGUUACUCGCCCAACCAACAAUGCACGUUUAAAUGCAAAUUUGAAUUUACUACGACACGCUUGAGUGGAUGGCAAAUAUUGAAAUAAAUCACUGUGGCGGUAGCCUUGCCCCGGCUUUCAGCUCAGAGCUGGAAGAGAAAUUGCCUGUCACUUCAGGUUUCUUAGAAGCCAUAAUGUGUUUCUACAGAGGUGACUACGACACCAUUUUAUCAAACUUUUUUCUUAGAAAAUCACGAGAUAAGCUUUUAAUAUUAUAGACGCCGCAUCAAAUGUCCGUGUAUAUUUGUCUAUUGUCUUUCUUUUGUUCUCGGUCUGCUGAUAUAUUAAUUACGAUAAAAUUAGCUUGAUAGAUCAAGACCUGUUUUUCAGCAUAUCUUCACUGAAAGCUUGCGGGAUCUCGGGGUUUUUGUAACAGCUCAAGAAAGUCAUAUUAUUUUGUUAGUUCAGAACAGCUGGUUGAAAUGUGUUGAAAUAUAGUCAGCCCUACCCAGUUUCGUGUAUCAUUGCUCCUGCCCCUAAGACAAAAAGGUUUACAAAGUAAACUUAAGUUAGAUGUUUGAUUGUUCUAGAAAAUUAAACCGUGCAGCACAAACUGUUGCCCUUUGGCUUAAGGCGGAAUAAUAAAUCUGAUAAAACACAAAAUGUGAGAAUCCCAGGGCCAGUUGUGUAAUUUUUGACGUCAGUCCAUUCAUACCCCUUCAAAACCAGACACAAAUCUGCUCAUUUGUCCAAUCAUUCUAAAGUUUUGGAUGCAGCCAGCCCUGUUUAAAGACAUACCUCUACAAAACAAACAAACUUUUUAUGUCAAAAGAGCAGGGCUAAAAAAAUUUGAAUUCAGUUUGUCCUUUGGGAAAGUAGCUCUCGCAUAACUUUUUGCUUGCCUGGGGCCACUUGUUGCUCUUCUUAGUAUUUGUUAGAGGAUGACUUCCCAGGUCUCUUGCCCACUGGACAGAUAAGCUUUUAAUUUAAAAGUUACUUGCCUAGUAAGAAAAUUUACUUUUCCCGGUCUACUGGAUGAGAUUUUGAACCCUGCCAGAGUAAGCGAAAAGUUUUCUUAUCAACUUGUCCUUUGGACAAGCACAAUAUUGAAUUUGGUUGCCCAAAACCCAAGAGUUCUUGUGCAAAACUUUUUCCUCAAAACUCGGGCAUUUAAUGAUUUUCUCAUGAUUCACCUACUUCUUUGCUAGCAUCCAAGAUUUUUUCUUUUCUUGGUUGCUUUGAAAGAAAAACUAACAAUGAAGACUGUAAUUUGUGGACUUUUGUGAAUCCUGCCAUUAUCAACUGGCAUUUUGAGCCUCGGAAUGAGUUACAUCAUAACAGAAGUAAUUCUAUGGUAAUUUGAAGUCAGUUUUCAGCUGUUUCUGUAUUUUUUUCUGAUUAAAAAUGUUCUUGUCCCAUGGACAAAUUAUGUCAAAUGUUUACAUGUUCGAACUAAAUUUCUACCAGUCCUGGACGAUUGGACAUGGUUGUGGGGCACCCUGCCUGUUAGAGUUUGCCCUUGCCAUUCUUCAGCCAUUUUCUUUGACUCCAAUAAGGUGGUCACACUUCUGUGAGAUGAGCAGACAUCAAGUGCUGAUCUCAACAAUAUCUUUCCUAGAGACAGUUUACUACACAAUCUACAUAUUUUUAUUCUGUGAUAUGUGAGUUCCUUGCCACAAAGUUUUUCAGUUCCAGGAUUUGGCUUAUAUUUAGGACAGGAAUGCAUAAAUUUAUCGUUUAAGUAAAAAGCUAGAAGUCAUCCAUACAUCAUCAAUUUAAGUCAAAUUAAAUAAUAGUAGACCCCAUCUAGAGGUGCACCUCUGAAACUAUUGCACGUAUAUUACAACCUUACAAUAUCGUGUUGCGCAUAAACCGAUAACCACUUUACGGCGACUGCUUACUAAUGUCAAGGACAAAGACAAACCAGAGGACAGACAGGGAGCAGUAUACAAGAUCAAAUGCUGCGACUGCCAGGCUUCUUACAUUGGUGAAACCGGCAGAAACCUAAGUACGCGACUGACCGAACACAAACGCGGACGAGGAAUGGUGACGUCAUGCAACAAUCACAUUGCUGAGCACCAUUUAAAGACGAAACAUCACAUUGACUGGGACUCUGCGACAUGUAUAACGUAUUCUACAGACUACUAUCAACGUCUUACUUUAGAAAGCUGGUUUACUAACUUAGAAAAAACGCCACUGAAUCAUAGCCAACAGUUACCAGCUUACUGACUUAUUGGCGAGAUCAAGCAAAACUAACUACGAGAGAACAACUGGAGAACUGACAAUUUGACUAACAAUAGACGACUGUUUAACUGCGACAAUAGACGGAUCGAAACGCACCAAUCACUGAUUACGAGUCUUCAUAGCCAAUAACAUCACGGCUUAACUGAAAGGCGACCAAUAACAUCGCGACAUAAUUGACCAAUCAGAUCAAUAACCAGAGUAUAAAACCAUCAACUGACGUGAUACAACUCACUUUGACUCUGAAGAUGACUACCGCACAGGCUGUCGAAACAUCAGUCACUGACAACAACAACAGUCCUAUUCAGGACUACGUUCACCCGGACGAUCAAACUCAACCUUUUGAAAUAAUAUAAAUAAUAAUAAAUAAUAAUAAAAUAUUUAUAUAGCGCUUAUACUUUUCAGUGCUAAGCGCUGAAAGAAUCAAUUCUGCUAGUCAAGAAGUUUUUUUGGGCUAGUUGAAAGAUAAUGAUGUCUGGGUUAGUAAAUAUAAAUGCUAGCUUCAGCUUGCCCCGAAUGGUUUUUGCAAGCUGUAAAAAUGAUUUUCUUUGCACCCUGAGGCUGUUAACAGAAGAGAAGCACCCACAAAAUGUGGAUGCAGAGUGGAGGAGUGAUGAUUUCACAAAAACCAAACUAAUGUAAAUAAUGAUGGGGUUAUGGCUAGGCUUGUCAAAGAAAGAACAUGCUGAUAAUUACCCACUUGCCAAAAAAUCACUGGGUUAUUGUAAAAUGGUGCUGAGGUAUAAGGGAUAGGAAUGUUAUGCUUGAUAAGUCCUUCCCAGUACAAAUUCUUUUAAAAUUAGCUUGGAUUGCAAGGCAAACAAUCUAGGUCAAAUUUAGAAGGACUUCUAUGUUGGCGUUAGAGGCUGAAUAACGUCGCUUCCAUCUCACCACCAAUUUGCACAAUGCUUUUAUUGUAUUUUUGGCAAGUGAAUUCUUUUCUUCCUGUUCUUUCUGACAAUACCAAUCAAUCUCGCAAUUUCCCAAAUUCAAAUUUUUUUGGAUGUUACAUCCCUUCUUUACUCCCACUUGCAUGUCCCUUUGUUUACUUUUGAAGCUUAGGUAUUAAAAUAUUAAAUCAAAUGUUAUUGUUAAAUGGUCUCCUCUCAAAUUAUGCACAUGUGUAUGUAAAACUGAUAAGAUGGUUCAUUGAUUUCUGUUUCUUUGUUCAGGUAUUAGCAGCUGAACAACCAGAGGAGAUAACUGAAGCUAUUGAACUCAUGAGAAGUCUGGAGGGUCCAGUCCUCCUGGAGAUCAAG